AUGCCGUGCCGGCCGGGCGAGCGCUUCGUGCUGCUCGAGCGGCCGGCGGCCGCCCCGCAGGCGGGCCCCAAGGAGGUGGACGCGCUGGUGGCCAAGCUGGGCGAGGUGCUGCAGCUCAGCGCUCAGCACCGGGCUCCCCGCGGCGCCGCCAAGCACCCGGGGCCGGGCAGCGCCCGGGACCGCGCCGCCCCUUACUCGCCGCGCUGCCCCUCGGCGGCCGGCGUCGGAGGCGGCUGCGGGGCCCCGGUUCAGCCGCCGCCGCCGCCCCCGCGGCUCGACGGCAGCGGGCGGCCGCCCCGGGUCGCCAAGCAGCUGUGCGGCCGCGGCUGGCUGCGGAGCGCCGCCCGACGGAGGAAGGAGCAGCGGCAGCGGCAGCAGCAGCAGCAGCGGCAGCGGGCGGCGGACGGGCCGGCGGCGGACGGGCCGGCGGCGGACGAGGAGGACGACGACGACCCGCACCGGCUCCUGCAGCAGCUCAUCCUCUCCGGGAACCUCAUCAAGGAGGCCGUGCGGCGGCUGCAGCUGGCCGUGGCGGCCUCCUCCGCCUCCUCCUCAGCCUCCUCAGCCUCCUCUUCCUCGGCGGCCAGCGGCGGGGGCGGCGAGGCGCUGCGGGCCCUGCAGUAGCCUCCCCCCCCCUUCUCCGGGAGAGCUGGGCUGAAGGAGAAGCCGCCAGCGGGGACUUGGGGGGCUUGGGUUUUCAAAAAAUGUGAAUAUCGAAGCUGGAAGGCAGCUGGACUUAUAAUUGUAACGCCUGAGGAGUGAAUGGAGCCAGAGAUGCAUUGUUCGCAUAAGGUAG